AUUGUUGGUGAUGAUUUGACUGUAACCAACCCAACACGUAUUGCUGAAGCAGUAGAAAAGAAAGCUUGCAACUGUUUAUUGCUUAAAGUCAACCAAAUUGGAACUGUUACUGAAUCCAUUGAUGCACAUUUGUUAGCUAAGAAGAAUGGUUGGGGUACAAUGGUAUCCCAUCGAUCAGGUGAAACUGAAGAUACAUUCAUUGCUGAUUUAGUUGUUGGAUUGAGUACUGGACAAAUUAAGACUGGAGCUCCUUGCCGUUCAGAACGCCUUGCCAAGUACAAUCAAAUACUUCGUAUUGAAGAAGAACUGGGUAGCAAUGCCAAGUAUGCAGGAAAGAAUUUCCGUAACCCACAAGCUGGCAAUUAACUAUUCCUUUUAAUGAAUAUCUAAGAGGCAUCUUUUAAAAUAAAUCUGAGCAAGGAGGAAUCACAUAUUAAUAAAUACCUCAUUAUUUAUAUCCAGUGAAAACAACAAUAGCUAUUAUUUAUUCAAAAUCGGUAUAUACUUUAGCAUAGAAAAAAUACGUACAAGAAUAAUUGUUGUUAAACAACAUCUUAAAUUACAUUAUUUGAUUGUUUAUGUUUUUGUAGUAAUUUGUUGUGUAUUAAUGUGUAGUGUCAAAGCUAUUUAAGCUGCAAACACAUUUGUAAAAGUAAUUU